AUGGUCGACAUCAAGAACAAAGUCUGCCUCAUCGUCCACGAUGGCUGGGGCAUCGCGCCCGAGAAGGGCAUGAAAGGCGACGCCAUCGACGCUGGUACUACGACCAACAUGGACACCAUCGCCGCUGACCACAGUGUCCGCAAGCUCGCCGCCCAUGGUCUCGCUGUCGGUCUCAGUGACGGCCUUAUGGGCAACUCCGAAGUUGGACACCUCAACAUCGGUGCUGGACGCAUUGUCUGGCAGGAUAUCGUCCGCAUUGAUGUCUCCAUCAAGAAGCGCCAGUUCCACAAGAACGAGGUCAUCCUCGAGAGCUUUGAGCAUGCCAAGCAGGGAAACGGCCGUCUCCAUCUCCUCGGCCUCAUCUCUGACGGCGGCGUCCACUCCCACAUCACACACCUCUACGCCCUCCUCGAGGCCGCGAAGGAGGUCGGCCUCAAGGAGGUCUACAUCCACUUCUUCGGCGAUGGACGCGACACUGCGCCGAGGUCCGCUGCCGGCUACAUGAAGGAUCUCUUGGCGUUCAUCGACAAGGAGAAGUUCGGUGCCGUCGCCACUAUCGUGGGCCGGUACUAUGCCAUGGAUCGUGACAAGCGGUGGGAGCGUAUCAAGAUCGCGGUCGACGGUCUCGUCCAGGGCAAGGGCGAUGUAUGUGAGGACCCUGUGAAGGCGAUCGAGGAGAAGUAUGCGAAGGAUGAGACGGACGAAUUCUUGAAGCCCAUCAUCGUCAACGGUGACGCGGGCAGGAUUAAAGACGGCGACACCCUCUUCUUCUUCAACUACCGCUCGGACCGUAUGCGCGAAAUCGCGUCCCACAUCACCACCAUGUCGCGGUACAACUCUGAGUUCCCGUUCAAAGUCGCGUUCCCUCCUCAGGCGAUGACCAACGUUCUCGCCGAGUGGUUGGCGAAGCAAGGCGUGAAGCAGGCGCACUCGCUGACAGAGAAGUACGCCCACGUGACGUUCUUCUUCAACGGCGGGGUCGAGAAGCAGUUCGAGGACGAGGAACGGCACAUGAUCCCAUCGCCCAAGGUCGCGACGUACGACAAGGAGCCCAAGAUGUCUGUCAAGAGCGUGGCGGAGAAGGUCGCCGAGGUCGUCAAGGCGGGCACGCACGAGUUCGUGAUGUGCAACUUCGCACCCCCGGACAUGGUCGGCCACACGGGUGUGUACGACGCGGCGGUGGAGGCGAUCGGCUUCACGGACGAGGCGGUGGGGAUCGUGUACAAGGCGUGCGAGGAGGCGGGCUACAUCCUUCUCGUCACCGCCGACCACGGGAACGCGGAGCAGAUGGUGAACCCGGAGACGGGCGCACCUCACACGGCGCACACGACGAACCCGGUGCCGUUCAUCAUGACGGGGGACCCGAAGGUGCUGUCGUUCGCGGAAGAUAAGAAGGACGGGGAAGAGGAGGAGGGCGCUCUGUGCGACGUCGCGCGACGGUGCUGGAUAUCAUGGGGCUCCCGAAGCCGGAAGAUGACGGGGCGCUCGCUGCUCGCGAAGGCUUGA